AUGUCGGAUCCAAAGUCCGGAUUUCUGCGCGAAAUCUACAUCGGCGGUCUGACGGGCCAGCGCCCGCAGACGACGGACCUCAAGCUGCUCGAGCAGCAGGCGCGGGAAAAGCUCAGCCCGGAAGCCUACGCCUACGUCGCGGGCAGCGCCUCGACCGAGACGACGGCGCGCGCCAACCUCGCCGAGUUUGAAAAGUGGGCCAUCGUCCCUCGGAUGCUCCGCUCGACGACCCUGGCCGACUUUACCUCGCCCACGCGCCUCUUUGGCCGCGACUACCCGACGCCGCUCAUCAUCGCGCCCAUGGGCGUCCAGGCGCAGCUGCACCCACAGGCCGACAUCGCCACCGCCUCUGCCGCCGCCGAGCUCCAGAUCCCCUACACGCACUCGUCUGCCGCCUCGCGGCCGCUCGAGGCCGUCUACGAGCAGGCACGCUUCGAGGAAAACGAGUCCGACGCCUGGUUCCAGCUCUACUGGCCCACCGACGACGAGCUGACCGAGAGCCUGCUGAAGCGCGCCAAGAAGGCCGGCUACCGCGUCCUCGUCGUUACCCUCGACACCUGGCAGCUCGGAUGGAGGCCGCGCGACCUCGACCAGGCCUACAACCCCUUUCUCACCGGCGAGGGCGUCGCAAACGUCUUUUCGGACCCCGUCUUCGUGGAAAAGUACUGCGAUGGCAAGUCGCCCCUCGCUCCCACGGCGACGAAAGACGACAUCACGUCAGCGUCGGUGGCCGCCAUCUCGCAGCUCUCGCCGGGCGUCUCGCGCUCCUGGUCCGAGCUGGCGCUGCUGCGCAAGCUGUGGGGCGACGGGCCCAUCGUCCUCAAGGGCAUCCAGUCGGUUCCGGACGCCGCCCGCGCCAUCCAGGCGGGCAUGGACGGCGUGUGGGUCUCGAACCACGGCGGCCGGCAGGUCGAUGGCGCAGUCGCGUCGCUGCGCCAGCUCCACUCCAUCUCGGAGUACGUGCGCGGCAUCGAGGUCGAAGAGGGCAAGGAGAGACCCACCGUCAUCUUUGACAGCGGGGUUCGCACCGGCGCCAACGUCAUGGUCGCGCUGUGCCUCGGCGCGGACGCCGUCGCCGUCGGACGACCCUGGGCGUGGGGACUGGCCGUCAACGGCCAAGAGGGCGUCACGUCGGUGCUCAAGACGAUCCUGGCCGACUUUGAGCUCAACAGCGCCCUGGCGGGGUUCCAGAGCUCGACGCAGUUCUCCAAGGCCGCCCUGGUCCGUACCGACGCGCCGCUCUAG